GCAGGUUCGCUCCGCCAUCAAGAAGCUCUGCGAGCACUGCAGGAUCGUCAAGCGCAAGGGACGGCUCUACGUGGUGUGCCCCAAGGUUCCCAAGCACAAGCAGCGGCAGGGGAUCUUCACGGAGACCGCCGCGGGCGCGACUGCGGAGGGGGAGGCGCUGGCGACGAGCACGGGCACGGGCGGGGGUUAUGGCAACGCGGCGGGGGCGUGGUGGCAUCGACUCGGGGGAUGCGCGUGCUGCGGGGGUGCGGGCGCGUCGGGCGCGAAGGCGGCGCACGGGGCCAUCGCGGGGUUGACGCUGGAGGGCAACUUUCGCAAACCACCGCGCGCCUCGCUCCUCCCGCGAAUCGCGCAGCUCCUCCACUAG